AAUCAAAAUGUCUUGUUUAUAUUUACAACAUGGCUUUCUUAUUGGUUGGCUAUGCAGGAGCAGCAACAAUUGCAGCACUCCUCUGCAUGUUACGCUUGUUCUAUCUCAGACGAUGUUGCACGAACCCCAUCUUCACUGAAUACCCUUUUGUCGGCAUGCUACCACACGUUCUUUGCAAUUUGUGGCAUGCCCAUGAUUAUUCAACUCAGGUUUUGAAACAACACGGUGGAACUGGUGAGUUCGUUGGACCAUGGUUUACCGGUAUGAACUACAUGCUCACCUGUGAUCCCCUCAACGUGCACCAUAUGCUGAGCAAAAAUUUCCGUAACUACGUCAAGGGACCCGAGUUUCGUGAGAUUUUUCAGGCUUUCGGAGAUGGCAUUUUCACUGCUGAUGCAGAAGCUUGGAGAUACAGCAGAGAUCUCUUCCAUUCCUUGCUCAAACAUAAAAGCUUCGAAGUGUUUCUGGAGAAAACUAUUCAGAAGAAGGUGCAGAACAGCCUACUUCCUUUAUUGAAUCACGUGCAGCAACAAGGGAGGGUGGUGGAUCUUCAAGAUGUCUUCAAUCGCUUCACUUUCGAUAACAUAUGUUUUACAGUUCUCGGUCGUGACCCUGAAUGCCUUUCCAUUGAUUUUCCAGAAGUUGCAAUCGAGAAGGCUUUUAACGAAGCGGAAGAGUCCAUAUUCUACAGACACAUAGUGCCAACGUUUGUUUGGAAGAUGCAGCAAUGGCUUCAGAUUGGUCAAGAGAAGAAGAUGACGGAAGCAUGUAGAACACUUGAUGAGUUCAUAUAUUCAUGCAUAGCGUCCAAGAGAGAAGAUCUAAGCAGGAACGAGGAAAAUGAAACGGGAGAAAGUUUUCAUGUUGACUUGUUAACAACUUUGAUGAGAGAAGGAAAGGGAAAAGGAGAAGCACAUGAGGAUAUAUUUCUAAGAGAUGCCGUGUUCAAUCUUUUUGUGGCUGGGAGAGAUACCAUAACUUCAGCUCUUACGUGGUUCUUCUGGCUUGUUGCUACAAACCCUUUGGUGGAAGCCAAGAUUGUUGAAGAGAUGAAUGAAAAGUUUGGAAGCAAUGAAAAGACAGUUUUAAGGGCUGAGGAGGUGAAAAAGCUGGUUUAUCUGCAUGGUGCUAUGUGUGAAACGUUGAGGCUGUUUCCUCCUAUACCUUUCGAACGCAAGGAAGCAGUUGAAGCUGACGUGCUUCCUAGUGGGCAUGGUGUUAAUUCCAGAACAAAGAUAUUACUGUUUUUGUAUGCAAUGGGAAGAGUUGAAGAAAUAUGGGGAGAAGAUUGCAUGGAGUUGAAGCCAGAGAGAUGGAUCUCAGAGAAAGGAGGUAUUGUUCAUGUACCAUCUUACAAAUUCAUUGCUUUCAAUGCAGGACCUCGAAAUUGCUUGGGGAAAGACUUGUCCUUUAUCCAAUUGAAGAUUGUGGCAGCAGCUAUUUUGCGCAGUUACCAUGUUCAAGUUGUGGAGGGUUAUGUUGCAACUCCUAGCCUCUCCAUUGUUCUUCUUAUGAAGGAUGGUUUGAAGGUGAAUAUAACGAAAAGAAAGUUUUAGUUUGACUUGAAAAUUUGGACAUCAAACUUGGUAAAAAAAGUAUGUCUUGUCGGUUGUGUAAUGUGUUCUGUCUGUAUCAUUAUUAGAGCAUUUCGUCUCUGAUAAUAAGAAAAAGGAAAUAAUCAUUUACU